UACUCUCUCUCCUCCAUCACCAUCUCCACCUCCUUCCCACUUCCCCCCCUCGCCUCGCCUCGCCAUCUCCGCGCGCCCGCGCCACCGGCAAGCCCGCCCAGAUCCCCCCUCCGGCGAGCGCCGCCGCCGCCAUGGACCGCCUCCGCGCGGGGAGCCCCGUCUACGGGCGCCAGCGGAGCGGCAGCAGCAGCACGGGCUCCUCCUCCCCGGGGGGCGUCUCCCCCUCCCACCACCGCUCCUCCUCCACCUCCUCCGCCGCCUCGGCCGCCGCCGCCGCCGCCGCGGGAGGCAUCUCCAACGUGCGACGCACGCAGAACGUCGCCGCGCGGGCGGCGGCCGCGAGGCUCGCACAGGUCAUGGCGUCCCAGAGCGCCGCCGCGGCCGCGGGCGACGACGACGACGACGACGACUACGGCAAUGACCACCCGCCCCCGGCCCCCGCGAGGUUCGGCGCCGCCCGCCCGGCCCACGGCAGCAACGGCGUCUCCUUGCUUGGCCGCACCGCGAGAUCUCCCUCCCCUGCGUUAGGUCGGACCAUUGUAGAGCCACCUCCUACUGUCCGCUCAACAUCAGCUGGGAGGCCUGCCAUUGCUUCGCGGCCGACCACCACGGUGGUUCCACCGAUCAAAACCAACACAACAUUGCGAACCCCAUCACCUAUUCCACCUGUGUCUGUGGAGUCUCCAGUGGAUCGCAGUCGGCAGAAAAGGUUUGAUACAGGGCAUCUUAACUCCAGAGAAUCAACGCCAAAAAGGGAGGCAUCUGCACUUCAAGACGAGCUUGAUAUACUACAAGAGGAGAAUGAGAGUGUUCUAGAAAAGCUACGACUUGCUGAAGAAAAAUGUGAAGAAGCUGAAGCUAGAGCCAAGGAGCUUGAGAAACAGGUAGCUGCUCUUGGGGAAGGUGUAUCAUUAGAAGCUCGCCUCUUGAGCAGGAAAGAAGCUGCACUUAAACAGAGGGAGGCUGCACUUAAGGCUGCGAGGGAAUCAAAAGAUGGUAAAGAUGGGGAAGUGACAACACUAAAGCAAGAACUGGAUUGUGCCAAAGAAGAGGUUGCAACAGCUAUGGAUCAGCUAAAGGAAGCGGAGACUGAAACAAAGGCUCUCCGGUCCAUGACUCAGAGAAUGGUCUUAACCCAAGAGGAAAUGGAAGAGGUGGUCCUAAAAAGGUGCUGGCUUUCACGUUAUUGGGGCUUAGCGGUUCAAUAUGGAGUUUAUCCUGAGAUUGCGGUAUCAAAGCAUGAGCAUUGGUCAUCAUUAGCUCCUCUUCCCCUUGAGGUUGUUCUCUCUGCUGGUCAAAAGGCUAAGGAGGAACCCCGCAAACAAGGCGAGGAUGACACUCAAAGGAGAAAUAAGCUUGUGAGAGAUAUGAGUGAUAUAAUGGGAGAAGGCAAUAUAGAAAGCAUGCUUUCAGUUGAAAUGGGGCUUAGAGAGCUUUCAUCAUUGAAGGUGGAAGAUGCUGUUGUGGUUGCACUUGGUCAACACCGGAGACCUAGUAUAGUUCGGCAAUUCACAUCAGAUUUUAAAUCACCUGGUGAACCUAAAUUUUUGGAGGCAUUUGACCUUAGCCAUGAAGAAGCAGAAGAUGUUAGCUUUAAGCAGGCAUGGCUUAUAUACUUCUGGAGAAGAGCUAAAACCCAUGGCAUUGAGGAAGACAUUGCUGAAGAACGGCUUCAGUUCUGGAUUGGUCGCAACGCACAGGCUCCAAAUUCUCAUGAUGCUAUAGAUGUGGAACGCGGUCUCACAGAGCUCAGGAAAUUGGGCAUAGAGCAGCAAUUGUGGGAAGGUUCACGUGCAGAUAUUGAUCAAGAUUCGUCGGCAAUUGAGAAUCAGUAGGCACGUCGGUCCCAGGGUUGUUUCAUGGUACAUGAUCAUUCCAGUUUUGGAGAAUGGAACUGCUAUUUUGCAGCUAGUCUUGGGCCCUUGCCAUCAUCGGAUACCUGAAUUGGUGCUGCAAUCUCCGGGUGUUGAGCAAAUGGACAGACAAUCUUCGGGUCCAGAGAAGCUUGUGUAGUGCAUGUGCGAGCCAUUUUAUCUUUUGUCAAAAUAUUUUUGUGAAAUGUGUAAUUGUUUUGUCAUGGCAAGACGAUGGUGAUCUCACUUCAUCCAAUUUGUGAAUUUGUGAUUACGCCGCAUGUGUACUGCCUGUUAUCCAGCAACAUAUACACACAAACACCAAUGAGCAAAUCAUAAGCCACAUAUUCUUCC